CACCGUCGCACUGACCACGGAGGAGGCUCGCCUGCUCGCCCUAGGCCUCUCGCCGACUCCGUCGCGUGAGGAGCAAGGUGGUAUUGCGGGACCGUGUGAGGAGCAUGAAUUGGAAUUCCUUGAAGCUCUCCAAGCGGCUGGCGACGAUGACGAUGUCCCGUACAUCGAUGCCACCAACGGGGCAGACUUCGACAUCAAUGCUUGCGCCAGUAGGGAGGAAUUAUCCGUUGUCAAAAGCGGACCUCAGCAGGGGGAGGUGGACCGGGUGGAGACUGAGACGACCACGCGGGACGAUUCCGGAGAUUUCCUCGAGCAGAUGACGGAGGAGACACCAGGUGAAGACGUGCCGGAGACCUACUGCGACAUCAUACGCCAGGUGCUGCCUGCUUUCCUCAUUGCCGGCGCGGGAAUGGUGUGCGCAGGGCUCUACCUCGAUCUAGUUCAGGAAUGGAAAGCCUUCAAACAUUCUGAAAUAGUUGUACUGGUACCUGCACUGCUUGGACUCAAGGGAAAUCUGGAAAUGACACUAGCGUCCCGCCUAUCAACUGAGGCAAAUCUGGGACAUCUGAAAGAGCGCAGAGAAAAGUGGUCAAUAAUCUUGGGGAAUUUAGCACUUGUGCAAUCCCAGGCUAUUAUUGUGGGCCUCCUGGCAGCUAUAUUAUCAGUUUUGAUGGUAGCCAUUUACCAUGGAAAGUUCAAUAUCAUUCAUGCUCUGCUGGUGUGUUCUUGUGGAGUCCUUACAGCAUCAGUAGCAAGUCUCAUCUUAGGUGUGGUUACUGCUGUUGUAAUUGUCACAUCAUACCGCAUGAAAGUGAAUCCAGACAAUAUCGCAACACCUAUAGCAGCAAGCCUUGGUGACAUAACUUCACUAUUUCUCUUAUCUUGGAUUGCAACCUGGCUUUAUGAUGUCACUGAUGAACUAUCUUACAUGCCAGUUAUCAUUAUUGUACUUUUUGCAUUUACUACUCCAUUCUGGGUUUGCUUUGCAAAUCGGAAUAAGUACACAAGGUCUGUUCUUACUAGUGGUUGGAGUCCUGUCAUUGCAGCAAUGGGAAUAAGCACUAUUGGUGGUCUGUUCCUGGAUGUUCUAAUGUCAAAAUACCCAACAAUUGCUGUUUUCCAACCUGUUAUCAAUGGUGUAGGGGGCAACCUUGUGUCUGUCCUGUCAAGCAGGUUAUCAACCUGCUUACACAGGAAACACCAGUUUGGCCAUUUACCACCAGGGACAAGGAUAUGUAUAAGUCCAUUUGAUGCAUUUUGUUCCAAAGAGGCAGAUUCCAAAACAGCACGGGUUCUUAUGUCAAUGGUGGUACCUGGACACCUAAUAUUCACUUUCGCCAUCAAUUAUAUGCAGACAGGCAAAUUAUACCCCAGUAUACCCUUCCUCUUAUUGUACAUCUCUGCAGCUGUUGUGCAGGUGGGGCUGCUGCUUUACCUUGCAUAUGUGUUAACAUAUUUUUUCUGGAGCAGGAUGGUAGACCCUGAUAAUGCAACUAUACCAUAUCUAACAUCACUUGGGGAUGUGUUAGGAAUAAUUUUACUAGGAGCGACAUUUGAGUUUCUUUCUUUAUGUGGUGUGCAUCUGGAACAUAAUAAAAAAGAAUAAACACUCAUGCCUUCAAAAUAAAGAUACAGUGACAUUAUUUUUUUAAAAGUUGUAUAAUAUGU